AUGUCGCGCGAUCCCUACCACGACUUUGCAUCGGACCUCAAAAGCUCGCUGGCGUCGGCGCGCUCGUUGAGCGAAUCGUACAGGCAGCUCGUCGCGAGGAGCGCUUCAUCGAGUGCAUCGGGAGGCGGUGGCUCAUCUUUGCGCCGCACAUCGAGCGAGAUCGACUCGGCGUACGACCGGCUUUCGGAUGCGAUCGAAGGAUUGCGGCAGGAUGUCGAGGAUGUCAAGCAGAGCGUGGCGGUGGUGGAGCGCAGCGGGCCCGAGCGUUUCGGCGUGACGCCCGACGAACUGCGCCGCCGCAAAGCGUUCGUCGAGGAAUGCGAGGCCGAGAUCAAGGCGCUUUCCAAAGUGGUCAGUCGAACAGCUCCCGGUGGACGCGGUGGUUCUGCAUUCGACUCGGUCAAGAUCGAUGUGGAUGGCCAAGACGAAGAUGCGACAGAGGCGUUCGAGCGUGAACAGCAGCAGAUUCUCAUGUCGCGGCAGGACUCUACGCUGGACAAGAUCGGCACGACACUCAACAGCCUGCGCAACCAGGCGGGCAUGAUGGGGCAGGAGAUCGGCGAGCAGAUCGAGAUCAUCGACGCGUUUGAUGGCGAGGUGGAGCAGAGCCAGGGGCGGCUGGGCAAGGCGAUGCGCAAGAUGGACGAGGUGGUGCGCAUCUCGGACGAGCGUCUGGGCGGAUGCAGCGCAGCAUCACUCGCGCACGAGCACGAUGCCCACUCGGAGCCCAUCAACUUUCGUGCGGCGCUCGCGGCAUUCGAGCAAAACAGCGUCACGCAUGCCGGCAGCCCGGUCACCGCCACUCGUCGCGCGCCUCAGACACCAGCACGUCCAUCUGGCGGCCUGGAUCCCAUUGCACGCUCCGCAUCCACACCGCACAACCGCGCCGGUACAGCAAGCAACAACCCGUUCUCGGCGGCUAAUGCACCCGCCUCGCCGCGCGUGGCGACAGUCUCGAUCCCUACCACCUCUGCAUCCGGCAUGCUAAGUGCACCAUCGCCUGCAGUCGUAGCUUCCACCUCACCCUCGUAUGCUACGGGCAGCACGCUGCGAAAGUCGGACAGCGGACUGAGCCUGCGUGAGCUGAUGAACAAGAGUCUUCCGCGCAGCGCUCACAGCCCCGUCCCGCCGAGUCGCAGCCGCUCCGGUGCGGACGACGACUCCACGGCCGCCUCGGCAUCUGCAACUGCAUCAGGCCGAUCGACACCGGCCAUGGCACCUCGCGCCAUUGUGGGGCUAUUUGCCGAAGACCCUUCCGCGGAUGCGCUGCGGCGUACAGCUAGUCCUGCAUCGUCGCUGUUGUCGGACGAGCGUGCGGCGCGGCACAUGCUGGAUACGAGCCUGGACGAGCAGGACCACACGCAUCCCAUGUUUGCGCAUGCCGUCAUGCCGCGCAGCACGUCCGGCUCGCCCGAGCGCAAGGGCAGCACCUCCUCCACCGCCUCGGCAUCCAGCACCACCCCGCGUCUUCCCCCGCGCCCCACGCAGCCCAGUCUGGCGCCCAGUCCGACGCUCACCGAGUUCGGCCAGUUCCAGCCCGUCACGAAAGACAAGCCGGCGGUCGGGUAUGCCACGUAUACGCCGGGGUUCAAGCGCGGCGUGGCGACGAUGGAUGUACAGCGCACGCCACCUGCGCUUCCACCGAGAAGUGCCACGGUGGGCCAAAGCGAGCGUGCGAAGAGAGAGGUGCCACCAUCGGUUCCUAAGAAGCCGCUCAAGCCGGUCCCUCCACCGCGACCCACCGCCGCGCAGAGGAGCGCACCAGACGGCGCAGCCAAAUCGUUCCGCUUCGGAAGUCCAGCCGCCGAAACCACAUCCGCUCCGCCUGCAGCUCCAACGCGACCAUACAAACCCUCAACGCCGCGCGCCACAAAUCUCACCCCCAACACAUCCAGCACAGCCAGUACCGCGAGUCACAAGAAGAGCGGCAGCAAUGUGUUUACGAGCAUCAGUCUGAGCGACGAGGCGAGCAGCGAGCUGCGGCGUACGCUCGAGACCGACGUGCGCACCGACGUGCAAUUACCGCCCCCCGCACGCGGGCGGCCACCCACCACACCACACCGCACCGCUACCGCAUCCACGGCCACGGGUGGGGUGGUGAGCUCGCUCAUCGGCACGGCUGCAUCGGCACUACCGCUGUUCAAAGCGUCCACACCCGCCGCCGGGGGUGCAAGGUCACUUGCCGACGGCGCGCCGUCCAAGCAGUAUGGCGUGAGUCGUAGCGGCAGCACGCACUCGGAUCUGAGCGUGCGACCAGGCCACACGGAUGUGGGGAGCUGGAUGCCCACGCGCGCCGUGCAGCUCGCCGACGCGCCCAAACGUGCCCCUGCAGCCGCGGUGCCGGCAUGGUGGAAGACGCCGGAUGCAAGCGCACGCGCGCGAUACGACGCGCUCUUCACAGCCACACUCGCCGACCAGGUCCAACGCCGCAAGCACAGGCGCAGGGACGAGAGCGAUUCGAAUGCAUCUACGCUGCGCGAACAGCCGCGCACAGCCGGCGUGCACGCGCUACGGGGUUGGUUCGAGUCCGACGCCCCACCCGCCGCGGCCGAUACAGACCCCGGCGCGAGUGCGGACGAGUUGGGUGCGACGAGCGUGCGGCGCGUAUGGAAGCGCAGUCGGCUGCCAGCGCGCUUCCUGGCGCAGGUGUGGGACUAUGCCGUGCAGCUGGGCGACAAGGACCAAUCUGGCGCUCCUGGGCUCGGCCGCGAGGCGUUCGUGUGCGCACUCGCCACGAUCGAUGCCGAGCUCGCGCGCAGGAGGUGGCGCCGCCAACAACGCACUGCGCAAGCCAGUGAUGCACACGCAGUUGCGGCGAGAGAGACGGGUGGACGCAGAGUGCCACCCCGGCCGCGCGCAUGA